UCCUCUGAUGAUCGUCUUCAUCAAUCUUCUCCGAUUCCGGUGAGUCUUUCUCCGUUUCAAUUAGCUAAAUCAGAAACUCUAUGUAUGAUUGUUCUCUUAAGCAUUAGAUCGAACACUUUGUAGGCAAAUUCGAUUUCUAUGGAACUAAACAGUGUUUUCUUCUCCGAUCAUUCAAAUCGAAUCUGAUUUCGAUACUUUUUUACAAUUUUUUUGAAAUCAGAAGAAGAGAAAAUGGUGGAAUCGAUGGAGUCUGUUGAAAUGUUUCAGAUCUUCAAGACAAAGGAAACGAAUAGGAAACUCGCUCCACCUUCAUCUCCAGCUUCAUUUUUCCAAUCAGAACCUCCUUCUGCUACACAAUCACCUGUAGGAAUCCUCUCUUUUAGUCCUUUACCUUGUAAUAACCGUCCUUCGAUCUUCGCCAUUGGACCUUACGCUCAUGAAACUCAAUUAGUAUCGCCUCCGGUUUUCUCUACUUACACUACUGAACCAUCUUCAGCUCCAAUCACACCUCCUCUUGAUGAAUCAUCUAUCUACUUAACUACCACAACACCUUCUUCACCGGAAGUUCCUUUCGCGCAGCUCUUUAACUCGAACCAUCAAACCGGUAGCUAUGGUCAUAAGUUCCCAAUGUCGUCUAGUUAUGAGUUUCAGUUUUACCAACUUCCUCCUGGUAGUCCACUUGGUCAGCUUAUUUCCCCGAGCUCGGUUGUAUCCGGUUCUGGUCCAACUUCUCCUUUUCCCGAUGGAGAAACCGCGCUGUUCCCUCACUUUCAAGUCUCUGAUCCUCCAAAGCUGUUGAGCCCUGGUAAAUUGCAUUGUCCAAAGACUGGUGGUGUGACAACUCCUUCUAAAGAGCAGAAGAUUGUGAGACCGCAUAAACCGGUUUCAUUCGAUCUUGAUGCGGAUCAUGUCAUUAGAUGCGUGGAUCAGAAGCUAAGAACAACGUUCCCUGAAGCAUCAUCAAAUCCAGAAUCAAUGAAUCAUUCGUCUCUCGGGCCGAAUAAGGAAUUCAAUUUCGGCACGGAUGAGAAACAUUUGACCGUUGAUGAACAUAGAGCUUCGCCGAAGAAUAGCAAUGAUUGGUCUUUCUUCCCUGUGAUGCAGUCAGGUACACUUAGCUAACCUUCACCAGAAGAUUUAGUUAUAUAGAAAUCUGAAAUUUAGAAAUCGAUUCGGAUAAAGAUCUUGUUCAAGAUUCAAGAACGAAAAUUAGCUAAGAUUGAUCUUAUUAUAUAGUUUUCUUUUAAUUUACACAAAGAUGAUGUUCUCUAUAUAGAAUUUUUAGAUGAUUCUGUUCAGGAUCUUAGGGAUAUUAUUUUGUCUCUCUUUUGGUUUUGUAAUAAAUAUUUGUCACCGUUGGUUGUUGUAUAUGACUUCUCUAUGUAGUUUUUGUUUUUGUGCAUACACAUUUGAUCGCAUUUGUAAAUAAAAUUUAAUCAGUUUC